ACAUUUUGCAACACACUAAUAUUGAAUCUCCAAUGUUAUUUCACACAAGUAAACAAUUUUUUUUUCACAACUUUUUAGAAACUGGAGUCUCGGUGCUCAGACAUUUGUUUGCCCGGAUACAGAAAAAAGCCAGGAUCUUCAAUUCAUUCUUGCUGCUAUGACUGUGUACCAUGUUCAGAAGGCCAGAUAUCCAAAGGGACAGACAGUGAGAACUGUAUGAAUUGCCCAGAGGAAGAAUGGCCUAAUGAGAAGAAAGAUUGGUGUAUUCCAAAACUCCUUGAAUUCCUUUCCUACACGGAUGUCAUUUCCAUAGUAUUCCUAACAGUUUCUGCAUUACUCUUCAUUGUGACUGUUUUAAUAAAGGGGAUUUUUAUCUCCUAUAUGAACACCCCCAUCGUCAAAGCCAAUAACAGAAAUCUGAGUUUUGUUCUCCUUGUCUCCCUCUUGUUGAGCUUCCUCUGUGUGUUUUUGUUCCUGGGUCAACCACUGGAUAUAACCUGUAUACUGCGUGUCAUGACAUUUGGAGUCAUCUUCUCUAUAGCCGUCUCUUCUCUUCUCGCUAAAACAAUCAUGGUUUGCAUUGCCUUCAAAGCCACCAAACCUGGCAGCUACUUGAAGAAAUGGCUUGGAAGCAAACUGGCCAAUUCCAUAGUAUCAGCGUGUUCAUCCAUUCAAGUAAUAAUAUGCCUUAUUUGGUUGUCUUCUUCCCACCCUUAUAAGGAAAUGGACACUCAGUCUUACAAAGAUAAGAUUGUCAUCCAGUGUAAUGAAGGGUCAGUUAUCGGGUUCUACUCUGUGUUGGGUUAUAUGGGGUUUCUGGCAGCUGUGAGUUUUGUUCUGGCUUUCAUGGUGAGGACAUUACCGGACAGUUUUAAUGAAGCCAAAUACAUCACAUUCAGCAUGCUGGUGUUCUGCAGUGUCUGGAUUGCCACAAUCCCGGCCUAUCUGAGCACUAAAGGGAAAUACAUGGUGGCUGUGGAGAUAUUUGCCAUAUUGGCCUCAAGUACUGGACUUCUAAGCUGUAUAUUUUUUCCAAAAUGUUUCAUUAUUUUAUUUAAACCUGAAUUGAAUACACAAUCAUGUUUACUUGAUAGCAGAAAUAGACAUGAGUAACUACUCUUAAAGAUCUGUUUAUAAAUGUUUUCAGACAAGAGUCACAUCACUGUCAUGUAGUUACAUAGUCUAAUGCUGGCCAUACACGCACAGAAUUUUGUCCGAAACUGGUCAUUUUCUGAAAGAUCGUUCGACGAUCGUGCCGUUACUGGACCCAAAUUUACCAAUGAUUUUGACCAUGGGCUCAACUAAUGUCGAUGGAUCCCAUAUGAGAAGUGUAUGUGUGUACUGUACAUGUGUAUAUGUUGUAAUCAAAAGAAUAAGAAUAUUCUGUCUUGUAUCAUUUGUAUAUGUUUUUAUUGUUAUUCAAUGGUAACAACGAUCAUGGAAAUGAUCAUGUAAACAAGUUUAUUCUGUCAGUUAGUGGACAAUUCACUUUCGCCCAAUGAAUAAUCGUUCAAUCUGCAAACAGACAAAAUAAUUUGCGUAUAUGGCCAUUAUAAGUCUAAAUGUUAAUCCUGGGUGAAAGUUGCAUGAAUCUUGUGUGAUUUUAGUGUGUUCUCACUGCAACACAUCUUAAUUCAUUAGUUAUACCUGAGUCACCAGAUUGUCAACCCUAUAUUUUUCUAAGCCUUAGUGAAGGGACUGAUGUGGGACCAUG